GGCGCCUGGGACCCCGAAGGCAGAGGAGGCGAACAAGGAGGAAGAUGCAACUGACCCGCUGCUGCUUCGUGUUCCUAGUGCAGGGCAGCCUGUACCUGGUCAUCUGUGGCCAGGAUGACGGCCCCCCUGGCUCGGAGGACCCUGACCACGACGACCACGAGGGCCACCCUCGGCCCCGGAUGCCUCGGAAGCGGGGCCACAUCUCACCGAAGUCCCGCCCUGUGGCCAACCCCACGCUCCUAGGGCUGCUGGCUCCGCCCGGAGAAGCUUGGGGGGUCCUUGGGCAGCCCCCCAACCGCCCAAGCCACAGCCCUUCACCCUCGGCCAAGGUGAAGAAAAUCUUUGGCUGGGGCGACUUCUACUCUAACAUCAAGACGGUGGCCUUGAACCUGCUGGUCACGGGGAAGAUAGUGGACCACGGCAACGGGACCUUCAGCGUCCACUUCCGCCACAACGCCACGGGCCAGGGCAACAUCUCCAUCAGUCUCGUGCCCCCCAGCAAAGCUGUAGAGUUCCACCAGGAGCAGCAGAUCUUCAUCGAAGCCAAGGCCUCCAAGAUCUUCAACUGCCGCAUGGAGUGGGAGAAGGUGGAACGGGGCCGCAGGACCUCGCUCUGCACCCACGACCCGGCCAAGACCUGCUCCCGAGACCACGCCCAGAGCUCCGCCACCUGGAGCUGCUCCCAGCCCUUCAAGGUUGUGUGCGUCUACAUUGCCUUCUACAGCACGGACUACCGGCUGGUCCAGAAGGUGUGCCCAGAUUACAACUACCAUAGCGAAACCCCCUACUACCCCUCGGGGUGACCCUGGGUAGGGCCGGAGGACAGAUGCAGGAGGCCAUCUGUCUGGACGCUGGGCAGGGAAGGGCUGGGCCUCAGGCAGGGAGGGAGGUGGUGAAGAGGAGCUGCCAAUCAGGGCCGGGGUCCCCAGUGCUGGCCACAGCCUGGGCUGUGUGCACCUGCUGCAUGGGAGCACUGGUGGAGGAGCAGGCAUCCUGUGCAGCCCCAUGGGGCGCCCCCAUGGAGCCCAAGGCAGAUGCUGGGGCCCUGAGACCCCUGGGCAGGAAGCCCACGGUGGCUCUGAUCGAGUCACAGCAAAGAGCCCAAAUCCUGGCUCCCUCCCGCCAUCCUGAGUGAGGACAGCGUCAGGGAGUGGACGCCAGGUGGUCCCCUGAGGGUUCAGGACUGAGACAGGGACCCCCGGGAGCUCAGAUAGGGGUGAGGCAGGAGAGCCUCUUCAGCUCAGUCCAGUGGGCAGCCCUGAGCCCUUGACCUUCCCAUAGCACAGCACGGGGCUGAAGUGGUGACCCUCGGAGUAUUUGAGGUCCUGACCCAUGGGCCACCCGUCAGCAGCCAGGUGACCCCUUUCUGGAGUCCCCCUCCUGCCAGCACUCCCCCUCCUCCCCACCCUCCUGUGAUGCAUACCCGUCUAUAAGCUGAGGCCACUGGGAGACCACUGUGGCCACGAGUGGAGGUCUUCAGUGUGCCACGUGUCCCCCCUCCACUCUAUCCCUUACUGGCUCCUCUGGGAGCAUCCUUGUCACAGAGCGUGGUCCCUCAAUGGUCAGCCUCUCCCAGGCAGGGCUGUGGCCUCCCUCUGGGUGGUGGGCUGGCUGGGACCACCCUGUGGAAGGUCCCGGACCAGUCCCCUAG